AUGGCCAGCAUGCGACUACCCAAGACACGUCCAUGUCCCGUCGUAGAUUACAUGCAAACAAUGGGCCCAACAAUAGAGUUGUGGAAGGGUAAAGAUAUCGUGACUUCAUUCAACUUAGAUGUUGGAUGGGUACAACAUGACUCUAACAGAAGCACCGAAGGUCUUUGGUGGCAAGUUCUUCUUGAAGUUGGCUCUGACAACACCGUUGUUACCGUGAGUUCUGGUCACCUUACCCCAGAUAACUCUGAUCUUGGUGCCUCUGACCUCCUUGGAAGCUCUGUAGACGUAAGCGAUUCUCUUACCCAAGUAGAACUUAGCGUCCUUUGGGUUUUGAACACCUUCGAUUUGGAUCAAAGAGACGUUUGGGUUGGUGACGUUCUUAGAACGUUGGUAGGAGAUGUGCUUACCCUUAACGUACACUGUAAAGUUAGUAUUUGUCAAAAUUUAUCUGGUCUCAACUAA